AUGGAAAAUAAUUAUGUGUCUCUUCAACCUUCUUUAGAAAAACAACUUAAAGGGCAUCGCAAAAGUAUAACAUCAUUAUUUUACAAUCCUAAUGAACAACAGUUAGCCAGUGGCUCUUUAGAUAAUAGCAUAUUGUUAUGGGAUUUACGUGGGACGAUGAGAAGUUACAGAUUCCAAGGCCACGAUGAAGCUGUUAUGGAUGUAACAUUUUCACCAACGGGGAAAUAUAUGGCUUCAGCUUCUCGAGACAAAACUGUUCGUCUUUGGGUACCAACUGUAACAGGAAGUACUGGUACAUUUAAAGCGCAUUCUCAGACUGUGCGAUCCGUUCAAUUUAGUCCCGAUGGAACAAAGAUUGUAACAGCAUCAGAUGAUAAAAUCGUUAAGUUGUGGUCGAGUGAAAAACAUAAGUUUUUGGCUUCAUUCGUCGGUCACACAAAUUGGGUUCGUCGGGCUCGUAUCUCUCAAGAUGGAUCACUAAUAGCUUCAUGUUCUGAUGAUAAAACAACAAAAUUAUGGAACCUAGAAACGGGUGUAUGUAUAAACACAUAUAAAGAUCAGAGUGCACAUGGCUUACAUUUGGCCUGGCAUCCAUCUAGUUGUUAUGUGGCUAUUGGAACUUCAAAGGGAAAUAUUAAAUUGUAUGAUGUUAGAACACACAAUCUUGUACAAUUCUAUAGUAUACACAAUGAUGCUGUCACACAACUUGCCUUUCAUCCGAGUGGAAGUUAUAUAUUAACUUCUAGUAAAGAUGGGACCAUGAAGAUUCUUGAUCUGUUGGAAGGUCAUCCAAUAUUUACAUUAAGUGGACACUCUGGACCAAUCAAUGCUGUAGCAUUCUCACCCAGUGGACAAAAAUUUACCUCUGCCGGUGAUGACAAGCUGGUCUUUAUCUGGAAGACUAAUUUCACUGAACUCUCAAAUCAAACAAAAGAAAAUGUUGGACAUAAUCAAUUAUCAACUUCUAGAUCACAGACUUCUAAAGGUGUGAAGAUGUGGUAUCAGUGCUAUCACAACACUAAGUAUCCUGUGAAAACUUUUGUCCAUAUUGAUAAUGAUCCUAAUGAUUCUGUAAGAAGCAUCAGCUUCCAAGAUGCACCUAAUGCAAACAGUACCAUGAUAGAACCUGAAGAUAAUCAAGUGAAUGUGACAAGAACUGCUUCAAAUGUUGUAAGAAACAACUCAAAUUCUCAAUUUCAUGAGGAUUGUCAAUCUAGUGAAUGUUCUUCAUACAGUGUGGGACAUAUCAGUCAUAUUCCUCGUCAACCUCCUACACCGGCCACAUAUACGAUUCCGUCGAUUGUCAACAAGUCCAUUCAAUUCCAUAAUGAUCAAGACAUCUUUGGUAUGAUCAAACUAGGAGAUGACGAUGUAUGUUACACAAGUGGUACUAUUGAAUGGGUAGGUCGUAAACGAAGCUUCCCAUUGAAUAGUGGUUUUAAAAUUCUUAGUCACAGAGAGACAAGCGAGCCGUUCUGUAAAAGAAAGAAACAAGUUGAGAAUGAAACUUAUAUCAGUGGAGUUAACAAAUUAAAGGAGUGCGAUUGUGCUGAUGUUUUACCAACUGUGAAUGCAAUUGUGGAUCAUCUUAAUGCAUUACAUGAAGCGGUGGAUCUUGUUGAUUUACGUCUCAACACAUUGGAGGAAGCCGUGAAUCCCAAUUAA